AGGGAUCCUCUAGUCGCCGCCGCCGCCCCGUCUCAUCACCCAGCUCGGGAUCCCCAUCCCACCAACCACCGAGCCCGAGCUCCACCUCGUUUUUCCCCACCAUAAUCUCAAAUCCAUCGAUCCACCCAACCACGCAUCUUGCUCCUCCUGUGCACCCCGCCUUCGCCCACCGUGCCUCGUCGGACCGGCCUUGCCUGAGACCAGCGCAGCUCACACCUCCAGCCAUCCCCGUCGAGCCGUCGGCGUCCUCCAGCAGAGCCGCGCCGUUCCUCUCCAACCUCCCCUCGUCUAGGAGCCGAGCUCCUCGAUCCAUCCUGGUGCCCGAGGCCUCCUCCUGCCUCGCUCGAUCUGGACCAAGAGGGUCCCAAGCAUCUCCAUAGUCGCCGCCUCAGUUGAGUGCCGCCCUGGUUCCCUUUCUCUCCUUCCUCCGGUCCCCUCAUCUCAUCUCCCUCUCUGAAUCAUGUUGCGAUGCCGUUGUUUUCUGCAGAGCCACUGCCGUCACGGAGCCCCAACUCCGGCCACCUCAUCUCCGCGGUGCUCUUACGCCUUGGGUUCCGUCCGAUCGCCGGCGUCCCGUCCUCGCCGCUGCUUCGAACACACGCGCGCGCUUGCCUCCCUCGUCUCACAAGCCUCGGCGUGGGUCGACCGCGUCCGCCGCCAUGGGCUUCUUCAUGGAGCACUCGACGCCAUGGACGACCUCGAGCUCGUCGCCAACACCGGCCUCCUCUGCUAGAAUCUCUAGCCUCACCCCGUGCCCUGGGUUCGGCCGAUCUGGGCCUCCCCAUGCCCUCGCCGGAGUCACCCACUGGAGUCGAGGCCGCAGCUUUCCCUUCCACUGGAUCCCGCCGCCGCGCUGCCGUUUCCCGUCUCCAGCCGCUCAAGUCCUGCCUCGCCGCACCUCUGCUUCACGCGAGCAAAGACGAGACGACUGCUGCAGAGCCGCCUCGCCCCGCCGCGCUGAACCGCUGUUGUCUGCCUCGUCAAAUCGUGCGAGAGGAGCUCGCCCGGUCCAGCCGCGCGUUGACCGCGCUGGCCAGCUGCGUGGGCCGGCCUCCUCUCGCGCCGCGGCCCAGCACCGCUUCCAGCAAGGCCCGGCUUCCUGAAGCCCAACGUGAGGAAGCCCACCUCCUGUUUGCUCCUGUGCAGCCCAGUUCAGGCUAGUUUCGGCCCGACUCAUGUUUUUUCCCGAGGAGUGAUUUAUCUAUUUAUCCAGUGUAAAACAGUUUUGCAGAAAAACCCUUGUUGAUCAUGCAUUUAAUAAUUCCACAACCGUGCAUCGGAUUGAAAAACUUAAUAUAUGAAACUUGCUUAGAAUUGCAUCUAGUUUCAUAAUAUGUCAUUUUCAUUUAUGUUUAAAAUGUUUAAAAUGC